AUUAUGUAAUUGUGGUAUAAAAGGAGCUACGGCAGAGGCAAGUGUAUCAGUUUACUCGUGACCGUUGAGUGAAUAAUAGUUUAAUCCAGAAAAUUCUUGGAACAAUUGUGGACGGAUUAUUUCCAAUCUUAGAAAAAUGAAGAUCUUUAUUGCGAUUACCCUCUUGGCCUGCGUCACCUUUUGUCAAGCUGGAUACGGUGGUCACCACGUCGUCACUCCGGACAUUAUUCAUCACGUGUCGAAAGUUUUGAGUCACGGGUAUGGAAGCAAAGUGAUCCUUGGGUAUCCGCAAAAAGCGCAUUUAGUCGAUGUCGGCCAUUCCGUUGACCACUAUGGAGGUUACGGUCAUGGACAUGGACACUACGGUGGGGGUUAUCAUGGAGGGUACGGUGGGGGGCAUUAUGGAGGUGGGUACGGUCACGGGGGACACCAUUACGCCAGCCCAGUCGCCGUUUAUUAUAGUGGACACGGUCAUGGUCACCACGGAGGAUAUGGUCAUGGAGGAUAUGGACACUACUAAAUCCUAAAUGGAGCUUAUCAAUCAUAAGAUUAUGUAAAACGCCAUAAGAUUUCUCAUCAACGAACUAGAAAUAUCUCAUUUUUUGUAGCAUUUAAGCGACCAAACCAAAGAUUAUGAAUAUUUUACUUAGCAAGAGGAUCAAAAUUAGAUUAAUAAUCACAAAAACGAAAGAAAGUUGUCACUGUAAAAUUAAAUUCUAUAGUGGACAGUGUUUAAUUUGCUUAAAAUGCUGGCCUAAAAAUCUCAAUAGUUUUGUUUGAUUUUAACGGUAACAUUAUGUAUAUGACUUGACCAAACAGAGUGAUUUGAUUGUAUUGUUACUGUGAAUGUGUCAAGUGGUGAUAAUAAAUGUAUUGUAGAAUGUAGAAUGUAGAAUGAAUUCCACUGCGUGACGAGUGCUGUAAAUGAUUUGAAAUGAGUAAUUGAAUGUUUGAUUAACUUUAAUAAAGAAAAGUAAAACUGAAACCAAAAAGUGUCGUGUGACAUGUUAAUAAAGAAAUGGAAAGUGUAAAA